AUGUUGUUCUCUCUGCCAAUCAUUGCCUCAAUUCUGGCAGCCACUGCUCACGGUUGUACUGAUCCUGACCUCCAAAAAAGAGCUGAUGGAGUGGCCGAAUGGGGAUACGGACCUGAAAAUGGGCCAUUGUUGUGGUACGCCAUGGACCGCGUCGCCAACAAAGCCUGCGGACAAGGCAAAAAUCAAACUCCAAUCGAUAUCACUGGAAAUUCAACGAGAACACAGUCCUCCAGCGAUUACGUCUUGAAGUAUUGCAAGAUCAAGAACGUCCCAUACUUGAACACCCACCACACUGCUCAAGUUCAAGUUGACGGUGUGACUGAUUCGACGAAUACUCUUACUUUCGCCAACAAGACGUACAACUUGCUCCAAUUCCAUUUCCAUGUUCCAUCUGAGCAUAGAAUUAAUGGAGAGUACUUUCCUAUGGAGGUGCACUUUGUCCACAGAUCUGCAGGUAAGCAUAACUUAAAAAUCUUCGAGGGAUAUAAACUAACGGACAUAAGAUGGCGCUCUGGCUGUUGUCGGAUAUGCGAUUCAAGUUGGUCGUACGAACCACCCUCUUCUCGGUGCCGUUUUGGGCAAAAUCAAGCAAGUUGCAGAGACAGAUGCCAAGUCAACACUCGCCUCGCUUGACCUCAGUACCAUUACCACAAACUUUGCCAAGAACAACGUUUUCCGGUGAGUAAAUCUGUGUAAAGAAGUAUUGGAUACAGACUAAUCAUAUCAUAGUUACUCUGGAUCUCUCACGACCCCUCCUUGCACUGAGGGCAUUGAAUGGAUUGUCAGCACCGAGGCCAUUACCAUCGAUGUGCCAACUUUCAAUGAAGUCAAAAAGGUACUUAAGUUCAACGCACGAAACACCCAGUCUGACCCUGGACGCGACAACGUUAUUGGGCUUGUCCAAUAA